CAGAGAGUCCACAUCUGAGUGUAAUAAAGAAAGAGAAUCAGCAGAGAGAGUGAACAAUUUAUACUAGUAUAUGCAUACACAAAGCUCACAAAGCCCACCUCAAAACUAUUCACCAACCCACCAAGAACCAGAAUUUCAACUCAAAAUCUCACCUUUAGCUUCAGUCUUGCCAAAGAUCCAAACUUUAAUCUUUUUUUACUCUGUUCUUCAUAAAAGAAUCCGACCCUUUUGUUGAAAUCAAGUUUUUUGGAUAAAAAUGGAGAGUUUAAUGACUAACUAUGAGCUCAGAGCUUUUGGGUUUGUGUAGAUUGUCUUAAAAAGCCUUUCUUUAUAUAAAGUUGAGAUUUUUAUUUGUUGUUUCUAGCUCUAGAAUGGCUUGCAGGAGGACCAUUUAUGGGAAUUUGGAUCCAGUGAGGAAGAGGAGUGGGGGCUUGAGGACUAAACAAGCAGGAAGGGGGUCUUGCAGAGGCAGUUAGAUUAGGCUAAAAUUUUUGAGCCAAUAAGAUUAAAGAAGUGAGUUAGUAUUAGUGACUGUUCAAGAAAUUAAGUUUGAAGGUGUUUUUGUAGCGUCAGUGCAUGUUCAAGAAGUUCAAUUUUUAGCUCAUAAGAAAGAUGGGUUAUUUGUUGAAAGAAGCUCUCAAAACUCUCUGUGGAGUUAAUCAGUGGUCUUAUGCUGUUUUUUGGAAGAUUGGUUGUCAAAACCCCAAGCUUUUGAUUUGGGAAGAAUCUUAUUAUGGCCCCAUUACAUAUUCUGGUGUUCCACCCAUGCCUGAUCUUGUUUCUCCUGAAGCUUGCAACUCUCUUGGGUUCCAAGGCGGAGAUAGAGUCCAGUUACUUGUGAACAAGAUGAUGCUAGACAAUUAUGUUUAUGUUGUUGGAGAAGGGCUUGUCGGGCGAGCUGCAUUUACUGGAAACUCACACUGGAUUCUUACCCACAACUAUACAAAGGAAUAUUAUCCACCAGAGGUAUUAGGUGAGAUGCUUCAACAAAUCUCAGCAGGAAUGCAGACGGUUGCAGUCAUUCCUGUUCUUCCUCAUGGUGUUGUUCAGCUUGGUUCGUCAUCAUCCAUUAUAGAGAACAUGCAGUUUGUGGAUGAUGUCAAGACUUUAAUCUUGCAACUUGGAUAUGUUCCUGGGUCUCUAUUUUCUGACAACUUGGCAUCUAAGGAACCUUCCUCAGAAAUUGGAGCAUUAAUGAUUGAAAACCCAGCUUCUAUGAGUUCUACUGGGAAAUGUAAUUUUACGGACUUGACUUCUUACACUACUAAUAACUACGGCCAGCAAAAUGACUCUUUAGCUCAGAUGUUGGGCGGCCAAACCUCUAAUUUAGCAAGGCAAAUUCAGGAUGACAGACAAUCUAGUGGUCCAAACUUUCAGAAUUGUCACCUUUUUGUUUCCAACAAUCAUUCUCAGGCCCAAGUCAUUCCAAAUAUUAAGACUACUGCAGACCAUAAGAACCAAACUGAAAACGAAAUCUCAAAAGCUGAAAUAGUUACCGCAGAUUCUAAAUUAUGGCAGAACGAGGAGGCUUCUUUUCACAUUCCAAGGUCCAUCAUGAAUCAACAAUCCUCUCUUGGUCCAUCAGCUAUUGUUCCUGGCAAUAGAAUUGUAGAAAAGAAGAUGUUGGUAAAUGCUGCCGUUGGCAAUGGGGGUCUAAAUGAAUCAGAUGCAUUUCUCUCAAAGUGGGUGAUAGCAGGCUUGAACUCGAAUCACACAGGUUCCAGCAGUGCCCCACCACACAAACCGAUCAACCCUCAUAAUGCUUUGGGCAGUCUACCAGAGACAGCAAAUGUAUCAUCUGUUUUAAGUGUGAAUGGAAUGGCAAAAAGACAUAAUUUGCCUGUUCUUAGUUCUGAAAGUGAGUUUCAAAAUGGUUCACAAUAUAGCACAGAGUUGUCUACAUUGAGUUUUGCAACGAACUCAAACUCGGCUGUGAACCUCUUGCCUGCAAGUAUUACCAAUAAAAAAAAUGAAAUUCAAGAUAUUACCUGCACUCAGGGUGACUCGUAUAGGGAUAAAGAGGGUGUUAAAAACAUUAAAUUCCAGCAAAGGAAUGUCCCAUUUCCUUCAUCAGAAAACCAUAGCAAUAUGUCUAGCCAUAGUUCUGGUUUUAUUCAUGAUACUCAAAAGCAAAAUUCUGGAUAUCAGGAUAUUGCACAUGCUCAAUAUGAAGAUGCAUAUGCCCAGACACAAUCCGGGAAUGACCUGUUUGAUGUUUUUGGUAUGAAUUUCAAGAACUCUCUCUUUGAUGAAAGUUGGAAGGGUUUUGUGCAUGACGGGCCAGGACCAGACUCCAAUUAUCUGGAUAAAAAUACAAACACAUUGUACAAGAUUCAGAAUGCAAGCUCUGAGUUGCAAGUGGUUAGUGAAGAAAACUCAGAUAGUGGUGUUCUAUGUAGGACUGGCACAGACCAUCUUCUAGAUGCAGUGGUCUGUAGAGUUCAGGCUGGUACAAAGCAGGUUUCAGAUGAAAAUUUGUCUUGCAGGGCUUCACUGGAAAAGAUCAGUGGCCCUAUUGCCGCCACUGCUUCUACCUCAUCUAGGCUAGCCAAUAAUUCUAACCAGGUGCAGGAAGCAUGCAGUAAUCCUGCAAAGUCCCUACCAGAAGAAGGAGCAUUAAAGUCUUAUUCAUUUAAUUAUAAGCCUUGUAAGGAGGAGCCGGGAAAAUUUUCCCAAACGACGUCCUUCUAUGGAUCCCAAAGUAGUUCUUGGGUUGAACAAGGUCCUGAAAUAAAGCAAAGUUCAAGCACGACCACAUUUUCCAAGAGGUCAGAUGAAAUCAGCAAAUCAAAUCGCAAAAGGCUUAAGCCUGGAGAGAAUCCUAGACCCAGGCCGAAAGACCGGCAGAUGAUUCAAGAUCGUGUAAAAGAGCUGAGGGAAAUUGUUCCCAAUAGCUCAAAGUGUAGCAUUGAUGCAUUACUGGAGCGGACAAUCAAACAUAUGCUGUUCUUGCAAAGUGUUACGAAGCAUGCUGACAAACUAAAACAGACGGGGGAGUCCAUGAUUAUCAACAAGGAAGGUGGCUUACUACUGAAGGACAACUUUGAUGGGGGAGCAACAUGGGCAUAUGAAGUUGGUUCACAAUCUAUGGUUUGCCCUAUAAUAGUUGAGGAUUUGAGUCCACCACGUCAAAUGCUUGUGGAGAUGCUUUGUGAAGAACGAGGUUUAUUUUUAGAAAUAGCUGAUAUAGUUAGAGGAUUGGGAUUAACGAUCUUGAAGGGGAUAAUGGAAACUCGUAAUGACAAGAUUUGGGCACGCUUUGCUGUGGAGGCUAACAGAGAUGUAACAAGGAUGGAGAUAUUUCUCUCCCUUGUUCGUCUCUUGGAACAAUCGGUCGAAAGUAAAGCAGAGCCGGCCAACUGCGUUGGUGGUAUAGAUGGUGCAAUGUCUCACCAGGCUUUCCAUCCAGGGGUUUCCAUAGCUGCAACUGGUAGACCAUGUAAUUUUCAGUGAAUCACCUAAUAUAUCAAUUUUGGGUCUGGAUAUGUAGAGAGCAGGCACACCUGCAAUGACCAGCAUCGAUCUAAAAUUGAUCUAUUUUCGGGUUCUGAAUCUAGCUGAUGGCUUUGUCUUCUCUAGAGCAGUUAGUGAUUUCAAUUUAAAGCAGCUAUAAUUUGUUCAGUAAUCGCAUAUGCUUUGAAUUGUGCGGAUGAUGAGGUAUGUAGAAAAAUGUUUCUUUUUGUCCAGUUGGGUAUGUGGUAAAGCUACAUUGGUCGUAUGGGAUUGGGAAGGGAAAACGAGUGACUUAAUUGUAUAAAGGAGUCGGGACGUGAAAUGAAUGAGUGAAUGCUUCUUAUGUAUGUUAAAACCAUCUGAAGUGCUGUAAGUUCUACUUUCGCCUUUUUAGAUAUUCUUAAGAGCUACGUAGUAAUCCAA